UAGCUAAUAACAGAAGAAGGCGGACACGCCGUCCGAGUCCGAGCCGGAGAUGACGGAGGAGGAGAGCGAAGCCGAGCUCUCGCUCAGCGAGGAGGAAAAGCCGAAGCCAAAGGGGCGCAAGCGCAAGCAGGAGUCUGAAGACGAGGACGAGGAGAGCGAGGACGAGAAGCCCAAGGCGAAGAGGAAGCCCGCAGUGAAGAAGGCCGCGUCCAAGGACAAGCCGGCGAGCAAGAAGGCACCUGCGUCCAAGGACAAGGCGCCUGUGUCCAAGGAGAAGAAGGAGCCCGCGUCCAAGGACAAGCCGAGUUCGAGAAAGGCGCCAGCGUCCAAGGACAAGCCGGCGUCAAAGGACAAGCCGGCGUCGCGCACCAGAGCGCGCCGUGUGCAGGCCAGCGACGAGGAGUAGGUUUUGGGAGGGUCAUAGUGGGGUGAUCGGAUCUGGGAUGACCAAGGGCGAUUAAUGCGAAAUGUACGUCAUCGAAUGGCGGCCGCGUACGGCGGACACAGUUUGCGUACAGCGCAGACUCACCCUGGCUUUCUCAGCGCCAUCGACAAAGCCGACGUCGUUUGUACAAGUUUGACAUCGAGGCGUC